AUGUCAGUGGCUUCAAAUCCCUACGCUCCUAGCCCAUUGGACCUGGUGUCCAACGUUGGCAAUUUCCAAUUGAUCGAGUCCACGCUUAGAGAAGGUGAACAAUUCGCCAAUGCAUUUUUCAGCACCGAGAAAAAAAUCGAAAUCGCCAAGGCUCUGGACGAUUUCGGAGUCGACUACAUCGAAUUGACGUCGCCCGUGGCGUCCGAACAAAGCCGCACUGACUGCGAGACGAUAUGCAAAUUGGGGCUCAAGGCCAAGAUUCUGACCCACAUCCGGUGCCACAUGGACGACGCCAAAGUGGCAGUGGAAACCGGUGUGGAUGGCGUGGACGUGGUCAUCGGCACGUCCCAGUUCCUCAGACAGUUCUCGCACGGCAAAGACAUGAACUACAUCUCCAAAAGUGCAGUUGAAGUGAUCGAGUUUGUCAAAUCCAAGGGCCUUGAAAUCCGUUUUUCGUCCGAAGACUCGUUCAGAUCCGACAUCGUGGACCUUCUGAACAUAUACAAGACCGUCAGCGCCAUUGGCGUCAAUCGUGUAGGUAUUGCAGACACCGUGGGCUGUGCCAACCCCAGACAAGUUUACGACCUGGUAAGAACGCUAAGAAGUGUGGUGUCGUGCGACAUAGAGUGUCAUUUCCACGACGACACCGGGUGUGCCAUUGGCAACGCGUACUCCGCCCUGGAAGGUGGUGCUCGUCUCAUAGAUACCUCUGUGCUCGGGAUCGGUGAAAGAAAUGGUAUUACACCUCUGGGUGGGUUCAUGGCCCGUAUGAUCGUGGCCGCUCCAGACUACGUCAAGUCCAAGUACAAGCUACACAAACUCAGAGACUUGGAAAACCUGGUCGCAGAAGCCGUGGAGGUCAACGUUCCUUUCAACAACCCAAUUACCGGUUUUUGCGCCUUCACCCACAAGGCCGGUAUUCACGCCAAAGCCAUCUUGGCCAAUCCAUCCACAUACGAGAUUUUGGACCCCCACGAUUUUGGUAUGAAACGUUACAUCCAUUUUGCCAACAGAUUGACUGGAUGGAACGCUAUCAAGUCUAGAGUCGAACAGCUGAACUUGCAGCUAACGGACGACCAGAUCAAAGAGGUGACUUUGAAAAUUAAAAAAAUCGGCGAUGUCAGACAAUUGGGUAUCGAUGACGUCGACAGCAUCAUCAAGGAGUUCCACUCAGAUCUUCAAUAA